AUGAAGCUCGUCAGAUUCCUCAUGAAAUGCGCCAAUGAGACGGUCACAAUCGAGCUCAAGAACGGAACCAUCGUACACGGAACCAUUACCUCAGUCACACCUCAGAUGAACACAGCACUGCGGGCGGUCAAGAUGACCACAAAGAAUCGGUCACAGCCGGGUGCGCCAAGCGACACGAUCUCACUUGAUACAAUCAAUAUUCGCGGCUCGACGAUUAGAUACUAUAUCCUGCCAGACUCACUACCAUUAGACACGCUGCUCAUCGAUGACCAGCCUAAGCCAAAGAAUAAGGCUAGGAAAGAGGGCGACCGAGGUGGGAGAGGUGGUGGAGGUCGUGGCGGCCCCCGAGGACGUGGCAGAGGCAGAGGGCGGGGUAGAGGGCGCGGAUUCUAG